CAUGAGGGUGUUGUCGAGUUUGAAGUGGCCCAGCUCCCUGUGCUGUGGUCGGUAAGGGGGACACGGUGAAGGCUGCCUCCUCCUCUUCCUCAGUCGUCACGGGUUAAUCAUUAUAUUGAGCCUCGGCGAGUGGCGCUUUGAAAUAACAGUAGUUACAGGCGUCUCAUUUCCGCAUGUCGGGUCACCCUCACUGUGUUGAAUACGUGAAGCCGUUGCUGGCUUCUCACCGCCUGGCGUUAGCUUUAAUAUCAUAACCCGGCUAUUAGCUUUCAAUAUAUGUGCGAAAACUAACUGAUCCGAACACAUAGCAUGGUCUGAUGUGAACACACGAGCUGCGGAAGAUAUCGCCAGGCGAACAGUUAUAUCCAAGUAGGGUCUGGGAGUUCUUGCAGAGGACAAGGGAGCUAUGAUGCGCCUUUGAAGACGUUGUGAUCACAUGGGGCUUAACAAGGUACGGCAUCCUCGGUCGUUUUAACGGGGGGUUAACCUAGAAACUUCAGAGAGAGCCACAUGUGAGGGAUCCCUCUCCCAGGACAGACAGAAGUGCAACAGUGUAACUGAGAACAUCAGCAAAAUAACAGCUCCUAUGCUGUGCUGACCCAAUGGUUUGAUCACCAGGACUAAAAAUGAGCAUAAGCAGCGAUGAGGUCAAUUUCCUGGUUUACAGAUACCUGCAAGAGUCAGGCUUCUCCCACUCGGCAUUCACCUUUGGCAUAGAGAGCCACAUCAGUCAGUCCAACAUCAAUGGAGCCCUGGUGCCCCCUGCUGCCCUCAUCUCCAUCAUCCAGAAGGGCCUGCAGUAUGUGGAGGCUGAAGUCAGCAUCAAUGAGGAUGGAACCUUAUUUGACGGGCGGCCCAUCGAGUCGCUGUCCCUGAUUGAUGCCGUGAUGCCAGAUGUUGUGCAGACCAGACAGCAGGCCUAUAGGGACAAGCUGGCCCAGCAGCAGCAGCAGGCGGCAGGCAGUUGCAGCAGCACAGGACCCCAGGGAAGCACGAAAAACGGAGAGGGUGCUGCCAAUGGGGAGGAAAACGGAUCCCACGCCUUAGCCAAUCACCACUCAGAGAUGAUGGAGGUUGAUCGAGAUGUGGAGAUCCCCCAGAGUAAAGCCAUGGUCCUGAGGGGCCACGAGUCUGAGGUUUUCAUCUGUGCCUGGAACCCAGUGAAUGACCUCCUCGCCUCUGGGUCUGGAGACUCAACAGCACGGAUCUGGAACCUGAGUGAGAACAGCACAGGUGGAUCCACCCAGCUGGUCCUGAGGCACUGCAUUCGGGAAGGGGGCCAGGAUGUACCCAGCAACAAAGACGUCACCUCACUAGACUGGAAUAGUGAGGGAACGUUGCUAGCAACAGGUUCAUAUGAUGGCUUUGCUAGAAUAUGGACAAAAGAUGGUAACCUGGCCAGUACUCUGGGUCAACACAAAGGUCCUAUAUUUGCACUCAAGUGGAAUAAGAAAGGAAACUUCAUCCUCAGUGCUGGUGUUGACAAGACCACAAUUAUUUGGGAUGCACACACAGGAGAGGCAAAGCAACAAUUUCCUUUCCACUCUGCACCUGCUCUGGACGUAGACUGGCAGAGCAACAACACGUUUGCCUCCUGCAGCACAGACAUGUGUAUCCAUGUGUGUAAGCUGGGUCAGGACAGACCUGUCAAGACCUUCCAGGGACACACGAAUGAGGUCAACGCCAUCAAGUGGGAUCCCACUGGCAGCUUGCUGGCCUCGUGCUCUGAUGACAUGACGCUCAAGAUCUGGAGUAUGAAACAGGAUUUGUGUGUACACGACCUCCAGGCUCACAAUAAAGAAAUCUACACAAUCAAGUGGAGCCCCACAGGCCCCGGGACCAACAACCCCAAUGCCAACCUCAUGUUGGCCAGCGCAUCAUUUGACUCAACAGUGCGUCUGUGGGACGUAGAGCGCGGCGUGUGUAUCCACACACUGACCCGCCACCAGGAGCCAGUCUACAGCGUCGCCUUCAGCCCUGAUGGCAGGCAUCUCGCCAGCGGCUCCUUCGACAAGUGUGUCCACAUCUGGAACACUCAGACGGGUGCUUUAGUUCACAGCUACCGGGGAACAGGAGGGAUCUUCGAGGUGUGCUGGAACGCCACUGGGGACAAAGUAGGAGCUAGCGCGUCAGAUGGAUCGGUUUGUGUAUUAGACCUGAGGAAAUGACACUCGUUUGGGGGGAACCGUGGACCGACUACGAAUGUGUAUAUAGCCAAAAUGACUGACUGUCCCUGCCUGUCCGGCACACUGCUGUAGUCCCAUCAGAUGCAAUGGCCUGCCAUUACAGCCCCACCCUCUCACAGACCUGCAGGAAGAAAAAUGUGAUCACUCAGUAUAAUCAUGUUGGACCCAUCGUACACAAACCAAAACACCAGGAUUCUUCUUGCUUUGCUCUUUUUAUCCUUUGUACCAGGUUUAUAAAGAUGCUUGUUUUUUGCUGGCCUGUGCAUAUUGCACAUGUCAGCGUCUGGUGUCCUGUGGACAUUGUUGAAUUUGGAUUUUACUGAUCUCUGUAGGUUUUAUAUGACGAGUGGGUUGGGAGAGAAGGGAGGGGUUGGGGUGUGGGAGUGGUUUGUCGUUUACAGUGAGUGUUCAAAGCUGUUCAUUGGGCGAUCCGCUCAUCUUGUUCUCGGCACUAUGUCAAGCUCAGAAGAUGAAAGCAUUGACAAUUUUGUCGACUGUUUUUACAAAGUGUGAAGCAGUCUGUCAAAGAGUGAACUGUCCUUUGUUUUUGCAACUUUAAUCCUCAAAAAUGGUUUUCAGGUGUUAAUUCAUCAGGUUAAUAUGAAUCUCUAAAGAAUACAAAACCUCUACGGCUGUAACUUCAUGUUGAUAUCAUGUUCUAACAGUGUGCUGGGUGAAUGUGUGGACAGCUUGAGGUUCACGUCAUUGAAACAGAGCUCGUCGGGCUUUGUUUGUCAUCAGUGAGGUAAUGUGACACAGUGAUCGCUUAUUUUUUGACAUCUGUGCUGUCUCUGGGAUGUGUAGGGAAAGAGAGGGCGGGAGAGAGAUGCAGGAAAACAAGUCCAUAACAGCUUGAAUUCAUCUGACGUAAAGUAAUAAUUAGUCAUAAUUGUGUGUUUCUUCAGUUAAUAGCUUGUUGCUAUCCAGUGCUGAAAGGUAAUCGGACUAAGUUGGUCUAGUUGUGUCCUAUUUCCUCUGCUUAGUCAUUAAAACAACGCAUCUUCAUCUGCAGUAUCACUUCCUCAUCGCACCUUCGUAAAAACACGACACCACAUUCGCUCACAUGACGACAGCGAUUUGACUUGUCGAGUUGAGUUCGUUGUCAACAUUGUCACACUUUCACUCUGUAACAUGUGAAGAUUUUCAGACCCAGUGUUGAGUACACACUACAGUCUUUGGUUUUCUGUUGUCAGGCAGUUGUUGCCCAGCAUUAACAGAUACACACACACACACACACACACACACACACACACACACACACACACACUCUGGAGACGGGCUGCGUUCAGGCCUAUGCACAGAUAGACAGUGCUUUUGUUUGUAGUGUUCAGAGUUGCCGUUUUGAGGCAGUUCUGCGCUUGUUGUUAAAAAGCAGACUCACAGCAUAUGACUUGAUGUAACAUGGUAUCUGCAUAUAAUAUAUAUAUAAAUAUAUAUAUCUGUGCUAUCACAGGGGAUUCUUUUGUAUGCCACUUGUGUGCUGAGGGUGGAUUUUAAAGUAACUUUUUGAAGACACUUGAAAUACAGUAUGUGAUGUUGCUGUGCAUCACCAGAGGUCGUGACCAUGACGUUUUGUUUUUUAUAAAAUACCAUUAAACAGUCAUAGUGAAACAAGAGAACUGACCCUUUUGAAGGGCGUUUUUUUCUUCCUCUGCACUUUAGGCUAAAAAUUGAGAACCAGGGAGAUGUGUUUAUUCAAGCCAUCACAGACACAUCUAAUGUUUGAAAUGCUCUUAAAGAUGAAUCAGCUGAAAGUGUUGCAGCGGGGAAACAAGGGUAAUAGUGUCCUGUCUGACUCCUCGGGGGGGUUAAGUGGAACCAAGCCAACUUCAUGGCAUUCCAGGUCUCGUCCCUUAGCCAUGACUAACAUCAAAAGGCUCAAAAUACACAAACAUACAUUGUCAGACAUUUUCUUUAGAAUGUUACUUGUUAAAAACUAAAAAUUGUACUGAAGCUAAAGAAUAUUUUGAAGUUUGCUUUAAUACAGUCAGCAGUGAUUGGACUGUAACACAAAGACUAUUUCAAAUGAUGUCUAUGACAGUGGAAUGGUAUUUUAUAAUGGUUAGUUUUUAGAUGAUACGUUUUUUACACUGCAUUCAAGUGUGUUUUGUUCUUACAGAAAGUACUAAUGUCAACUCUAUCUUUGCUAUGUCGGAGAGCCCUUGAAGGUUUUGUACUUCUCAAAACUUUUGUAAUUCUGAUUUAUUUGUAGCUAUGUACUCAAAAUGAACAAAAAAGAUAUAAUUUGGAUCUAAUUGUUGAUGUAUAACACAGAACAUGUAAAUACCAAUUUACAAAUUUUUUUGUGUCGUCUUUGCCCUCACUUAUGUUGUACUCUUCUCUCUCACUCACAUGGUUGCCGUGUGCAGCCUCCUGAUCUGACUGUUGUAAUAUCACUCAGAUCGCAAGGUCUAGAAUAAAAUCUA